GAACAUGUCACUCCUAUGCGACGCUAGUCCCUCAACCAGCUGUAGCGGGUCAUGGCUAGAAGGGAUCCAAUUUAUUUAUUUUUUUUAAAUUUCAUUUUAGUUAAUCCUAACCCGUUUUCUAACCGUAUCCUGAUAUACUGCGCAAAUUAUUCUAAACUGCUAUGAAAAGUCUAAUCUGAUGUUAAUUUGACAAAAGCUGGAUCUCUUCUAGCCUUGACACUGGAAUCGACGCACUGUUUGACGUAAUGCUCCCAUGUAGACAGUUUUCAGCAAGCUAGACAGCGUUCAGCACUGCCAGGAUUUAUCGGUAAGGGAGCCUAGAUACAAUGUAAUGAAAGCUAAAUUAUAUCGUGUGAAUAAAUCACAAAGCUAAUUAAUGUUUUUGUAACCGAGGGUUUUAGCCAAUUACGUUACUAUUAGGUAGCUAAUCAUUCGCGUUACUAGAGCUUUGCUACCUAGCCGCAGACGUUGUACUGUUACCUAAAGUACCUGCUAUGUGAACCAAGUAGUGAAGGCUGAUAGUCUCAGGCAGUGACAUGGCCAACCCUUUGAGGAGAGAGGUUAGACAGCUGUACAAGAAUCUACUGUAUCUGGGACGGGAAUACCCCCAAGGAGCAGACUACUUCAGGGAGCGUCUGAACUGUGCCUUUAUGAAGAACAAAGAUGUCACAGACCCCAAGGAGAUCAGAAAGCUUGUCGACUGUGGAGAAGUUGUGAUUAAGGAACUGGGGACCCUGUACUAUCUGAGGGAAUAUAGAACCAUGAAAAAGCGUUUCUACGAAGAAGAAUUGUUAGGCCUGCUGAAUAUAGGCAGGCCGAUAGACUGAUAGCCUAGAUGUUUGGCAGCUGAAUCUUCAGUAUGCGGGUUGCUCCAUGAAUUGGGAACAUUUUGGGUUGUUUAACUUGGUCCCCAACAAAUAAUGAUUUCACCUCAUUUUAACAUGCUGUCAUAAAGAGCACAUGUUCAACUUUGUAAAAACAUGUUUUUCCAUGUCAAGGGCUGAAAUAAAACAAAUGACUAGUAAGUGCUAUUAAAGUAACAGGGUUGACGUAA